AUGGCUGACAGUUCAGAAAAACCAACUACAAAUCAAUCACCCAUUCCUAAAUUAGAUACAACAAUCAAAUCAUCAUUUCAUGCUACAAAUGAUGUUCGACGUAAAUGGUGGAAAGAAUCUAUAGCAUAUCAGAUCUAUCCACGAUCAUUUCAAGAUACGAAUGGUGAUGGUAUAGGUGAUAUACGAGGUAUCAUUCAACGACUUGAUCAUAUAAAAGAACUUGGAGCUGAUCUUAUUUGGAUUUGCCCAAUUUAUAAAAGUCCAAAUGAUGAUAAUGGAUAUGAUAUAUCUGAUUAUCAACAAAUAAUGGAUGUAUUUGGUACAAUGGAAGAAGUUGAAGAACUUAUAAAAGCUGUUCAUGAUCGAAAGAUGCGUAUUAUUUUUGAUCUUGUUUUAAAUCAUACAAGCGAUGAACAUCCAUGGUUUAUUGAAUCUCGAUCAUCACGUACAAAUCCUAAACGUGAUUGGUAUAUCUGGAGAGAUGGUAAACCAGGUGGUCUUCGUCCAAAUAAUUGGGAAAGUAUAUUUAAUGGUUCAGCUUGGGAAUAUGAUAAAGAAACAGAUCAAUAUUAUUUACAUUUAUUUUCUCGUAAAAUGCCUGAUGUUAAUUGGGAAUGUGCAGAAUUACGUGAACAAUUAUAUAAAGUAACAAAUUGGUGGCUUGAUCGAGGUAUUGAUGGUUUUCGUAUUGAUGCUAUAUCACAUAUAAAAAAGAAGCCAGGUUUACCUGAUUUACCAAAUCCUAAACAACUUGAAUUUGUUUCAUCAUUUGAUUAUCAUAUGAAUGUAGAAGGUAUUGAAGAUUAUUUAAGCGAAUUUAAACGUGAAACAUACAGUAAAUAUGAUGUUGUAACUGUUGGAGAAGCGAAUGGUGUUGGUGUCGAUCAAGCUGUUGAUUGGGUUAGUGAAGAAAAAGGAAAAUUUAAUAUGAUAUUUCAAUUUGAAGCAACUAAUCUAUGGGAAAAAACAUUAGGAACAUUGGAUGUAUUGGCAUUAAAACGUAUUAUGACAAGAUGGGAAAAAGGUUUAGAAAAAUUUGGUUGGAAUGCUUUGUUUAUUGAAAAUCAUGAUAAACCACGUAUUGUUUCAACAUGGGGAAAUGAUAAAGAAUAUUGGAGAGAUUGUGCUACUACUUUUGCAACUGUUUAUAUGCUUAUGAUGGGAACACCAUUUAUUUAUCAAGGUCAAGAAAUCGGUAUGACAAAUGUACGUUUUCCAUCAAUUAAUGAUUAUCCAGAUGUAGCUGCAAAAAAUUUUUAUAAUCUUGAAUUAGCUAAAGGUAUUGAUCAUAAUGAAAUCAUGCAAAUUAUUUAUAUAACUGGUCGUGAUAAUGCUCGUACACCAAUGCAAUGGGAUGAUUCAUUAAAUUCUGGUUUUAGUACAUCACAACAAACAUGGAUUGGUGUUAAUCCAAAUUAUGUACGUAUUAAUGUAGCACAACAAGAAAAAGACGAACAUUCCAUAUUAAAUUUUUAUAAACGUCUUAUACGUGUAAGAAAAGAAAAUGAUGUGUUUGUUUAUGGAAUAUAUGAUUUAAUAUUAUCAAGUCAUAAACAAAUUUAUGGUUAUACACGUACAUCAGAUACAAAACGAGCCUAUGUAUUAACCAAUUUAACUGAUCGUGCGGCACAAUUUACGUUGUAUCAAGGUUUAUCAACAUCACAACUUGUUUUAUCAAAUUUAACUGAACCGGUGCCUGAACAUAAAGAUGAAAAAUCAUUUAAAUUUCAUCCAUAUGAAAUUCGUGUGUAUAUAAUUGAUUAUAAAAAGAAAGAACAUCAUCAUCGUCGUCAUCCACACGAAAAGAAAAAACAUGCAACUGAUGAAUUAGAUGAUGUUGAAGCAGCACUUUCACCUGAAACAACAAAAACAGCUGAUUCAAAUGCAUCAUUAACAAAAAGACAAAAAGCUGCAUUAGAUAAACUUGAACAGAUGUCAAAUAAUGCUCUUCAAGAACCUUUACAAGAUGCACGAUCAAUUUUAGAAGCAGUUGCAGCAGCAACAACAAAAGUUUUAUCCGAAACACAACCAUUAGAAAAACCAAAAUCUACAACAACAAAAUCUAUUUCAGAUACAACAGAUAGUGAUAAAGUUAUAUCAGCAGAUAGUGCAGAAAUUGAUCUCGAACAUGAACCAAUUCAAAAGAAACGUGAACGACAACGUUCACUUGUACUCAAUCUUGAAAAUAUAACACCAACACCACCUGUGGCAUCAUCAAGUGAACAAACUACACUCGAUCAACCACGUCGAUCAUUUUCAACUCAAGCAUCAUCAAAACCAAGUUUGAAAGGACAUCAUGCUGAUAGUUCAUCGGAUGAAGAUGAUAGUCAAGACAAACGAACAACAUCAACAAGUGAAUUAGAAGACGAAACAAGUGAUACCGGUGGAAAAGAUAUUGAUUAUGCUGUUUUAUACGAUGAUUCAAUUGAAGAUUUUAGUUUCACAUAUGCUCGUGAACAAGCUAAAAAACGUCUUUUACGUGAACAACAAGAAACUAUGUUAAAGCAAAUAAAAGAACAAGAAUAA